AUGAGCCUUUUGCCUGAUUUUAGAUUUCAUCCAAUGUGCAAGGACCAAAGGCUAACUCAUCUAGUUUUUGCCGAUGAUUUAAUGAUUUUCUAUAAAGGAAAUGUAGCCUCGGUUAAUGGAGUUGUGGAAGCUUUGAAGCAUUUUAACGCUGUUACAGGUCUUGAAGCUAAUUUGGAGAAAUCUAGUAUCUUCUUAGCUGGGGUUAAAGACAAUAUAAGAGAUCAAAUCCUUGCUAUGACUGGUUUUUCAAUAGGAAAACUUCCUAUAAGGUAUCUUGGUUUACCUUUAUCUCACAGGAAAUGGAGGAAGAUGGAUUGUCAUGCCCUAGUAGGCAAGAUCACUGAAAGAAUCAAUGUGACCAACUCCAAGAAACUCUCUUAUGCUGGUAGAUUGCAGGUGGUAAAUGUUGUGUUAUUCUCUAUUCAUAGUUUUUGGGGGGCUGCUUUCAUUCUUCCUCAACAGGAAUCUCUUUGGGUUAGAUGGGUUCAUGAGAUUUACAUCAAAGAAGACUCAAGUAUAUGGGAGCACAAGGCACCUGUUGAUAGCAGUUGGUAUUGGAGAAAGUUUAAUGAUGUUAAACAAUUGAUGAAAGAUUGGUAUGUACAGGAUAAAUAUAGAUUGAUACAAGAUGGUAGUUACUCAAUUUCAAGGAGAUAUAUGGAGCUUAUAGGGCGUAAACCCAAGUUGAGGAUUGCAGAAUACAUUUGGACUUCCAUUGCCUUGCCUAAGCAUAGAUUCGUAGUGUGGCUAGCUGUACAAGGGAGACUGCUUACACAGAAAAGAAAGCUGAAACUGAAUAUCCAGGUGGAUAAUGCAAAUUGCUGCUUAUGUGUUACACAGGAGCUGGAGUCAAGAGUGCAUCUGUUUGAAGAGUGUGCAUGGGUUAAAAAUGUAUGGGCUGAACUUAGUAACUGA